GGACUCGCACCCUUUCUCGCGAGACUGAGACCAGGAAGACGCCUGCAGAGCCCCGCUGCUGGUGCAGCAGUGGCUGAGGUAGCGGGUGCUACUGCAUCCGGACCUUCUGCCUCCGAGCCUACUCUGGUCUCCGGGUGGGGAGGUGGGACGUGGCCAGGCCAGGAUUGUGGAGGUGCGCAGCGCCCGCUGAGGCUUAGGGGGAAUCCAGGCUGCGGCCUGUCAAAGCCAGUUAGGGAGGCGCCCACAGUCCUGACAGGAUAAGAUGGCGGCAAUGGCGCCUGGAGGUAGUGGCAGUGGUGGCGGCGGUGUGAAUCCAUUCCUCAGCGAUUCGGACGAGGACGACGACGAGGUAGCGGCGACCGAGGAGCGGCGGGCAGGACUUCGGCUGGGUUCCGGGAGCGGCCUAGAUCCCGGCUCUGCGGACUCGCUAUCGCCCCAAGAUCCCGUGGCCUUAGGGAGCAGUGCGCGGCCAGGGCUCCCUGGGGAGGUGUCGGCGGCUGCGGUGGCAUUGGGGGGCUGCGGGGAGACCCCUGCCCGACUGUCAAUUGAUGCGAUCGCGGCUCAGCUGUUGCGCGAUCAGUACUUGCUGACCGCCCUGGAGCUGCACACCGAGCUGUUAGAGAGCGGCCGCGAACUGCCUCGGCUGCGCGACUACUUCUCCAAUCCAGGCAACUUCGAAAGGCAGAGUGGGACCCCGCCGGGCAUGGGGGCGCCGGGGAUCCCUGGAGCAGCCGGCGUUGGAGGCGGAGGAGGUCGGGAACCGAGUACGACGUCUGGCGGGGGACAGCUCAAUCGAGCUGGAAGCAUCAGUACUCUUGAUUCUUUAGACUUUGCAAGAUACUCAGAUGACGGUAACAGGGAGACAGAUGAGAGAGUGGCAGUCCUGGAGUUUGAACUACGGAAAGCCAAGGAGACCAUUCAGGCCCUCCGAGCCAACCUGACAAAGGCUGCAGAACACGAAGUUCCUUUACAGGAACGAAAAAAUUACAAAUCCAGUCCUGAAAUUCAGGAACCGAUCAAACCUCUUGAAAAGAGAGCUCUAAACUUCUUAGUCAAUGAAUUUUUAUUGAAGAAUAACUACAAGCUUACAUCAAUAACCUUUUCAGAUGAAAAUGAUGAUCAGGAUUUUGAACUCUGGGAUGAUGUAGGAUUAAACAUUCCAAAACCUCCAGACUUAUUGCAACUCUACCGAGAUUUUGGAAAUCAUCAAGUCACUGGUAAAGAUCUUGUGGAUGUGGCCAGUGGUGUAGAAGAAGAUGAAUUAGAGGCUCUUACACCAGUUUUAGGCAGCCUUCCUACAGGCCUUGAAACUCCUCAGACUGUAGAGAACUCCUUGCUAGUACAGAAAUUAGAAGAUAAAAUUAGUUUAUUAAAUAGUGAGAAAUGGUCUUUGAUGGAGCAAAUCAGAAGACUUGAAAGUGAAAUGGAUUUCCUCAAAAAUGAACACUUUGCUAUCCCAGUAGUUUGUGACUCUGUUCAGCCUUCUUUGGAUCAUAAAGACUCUGAAGACAGUGGACAGAAUCCAGUUAUAAGUAGCUCAGACAAGCAAAAAGACAAAGAUAUCCAUCUUUCAAAGUCAGGUGAAGUUGAUUCCGCUAUUCCUAAGGAGAAUUUCCCAAAUUCUGUCCCCAGGAGAGAAAAAGAAGAAAUGCCAUCUUCAUCUCCAUCAAGUAAAAACACAGUCCAUUUUGAUAAACCUAAUAGGAAAUUGUCUCCUGCUUUCCACCAAGCUCUACUCUCUUUUUGUCGAAUGUCAGCAGAUAGUCGUUUAGGAUCAGAGGUGUCUCGGAUUGCAGACAGUGAGAAGAGUGUUAUGUUAAUGCUGGGGCGCUGCCUGCCACACAUUGUUCCUAAUGUGCUGUUGGCAAAGAGAGAGGAGUUGAUCCCCCUCAUAUUGUGCACCGCAUGCCUGCAUCCUGAGCCUAAAGAAAGAGACCAGCUUCUCCACAUACUUUUCAAUUUGAUCAAGAGGCCAGAUGAUGAGCAAAGGCAGAUGAUCCUGACGGGUUGUGUGGCGUUUGCACGUCAUGUUGGACCGACACGCGUAGAGGCUGAACUUUUACCACAGUGUUGGGAACAGAUUAACCACAAAUACCCAGAAAGACGACUGCUCGUGGCAGAAUCCUGUGGAGCAUUGGCACCUUACCUUCCUAAAGAAAUACGUAGCUCCUUGGUUCUCUCAAUGUUGCAACAAAUGUUAAUGGAAGAUAAGGCAGAUUUAGUAAGAGAAGCUGUGAUCAAAAGCCUCGGUAUCAUUAUGGGAUACAUUGAUGAUCCAGACAAAUAUCAACAGGGUUUUGAAUUGUUGCUGUCAGCCUUGGGUGAUCCCUCAGAAAGAGUAGUUAGUGCAACACAUCAAGUAUUUUUACCGGCUUAUGCUGCCUGGACUACAGAACUUGGAAAUUUACAGUCUCAUCUUAUACCUACAUUGCUGAACAAGAUAGAAAAACUUCUCAGGGAAGGAGAGCACGGGCUGGAUGAACAUAAGCUCCACAUGUAUCUUUCUGCUUUGCAGUCCUUGAUCCCAUCUCUCUUUGCAUUAGUGCUACAGAAUGCACCUUUCUCCAGCAAAGCCAAGCUUCAUGGUGAAGUGCCACAGAUAGAAGUGACUAGGUUCCCUCGGCCUAUGUCGCCUCUUCAAGAUGUAUCUACAAUAAUCGGAAGUCGUGAGCAAUUGGCAGUGCUACUACAACUUUAUGAUUACCAGCUGGAACAUGAGGGGACAACAGGCUGGGAGACUUUACUAUGGGUUGUCAAUCAGUUGUUGCCACAACUUAUAGAAAUAGUUGGCAAAAUUAAUGUUACUUCAACUGCCUGUGUCCAUGAAUUCUCCAGAUUUUUCUGGCGCCUUUGCCGGACAUUUGGCAAAAUUUUUACAAACACUAAGGUAAAACCUCAGUUCCAGGAGAUUUUAAGACUGUCUGAAGAAAACAUUGAUUCCUCGGCAGGAAAUGGGGUCCUCACUAAAGCUACUGUCCCCAUUUAUGCAACAGGAGUCCUUACAUGUUAUAUUCAGGAAGAAGACCGAAAACUGUUAGUUGGAUUCUUAGAAGAUGUAAUGACCCUGCUUUCAUUAUCUCAUGCUCCUCUUGAUAGCCUGAAGGCUUCUUUUGUGGAACUGGGUGCAAAUCCAGCCUACCAUGAGUUACUGUUAACUGUUCUAUGGUAUGGUGUUGUCCAUACGUCAGCACUUGUGAGAUGUACUGCUGCUAGAAUGUUCGAGCUGUUGGUGAAGGGGGUGAAUGAAACUCUGGUAGCUCAGAGGGUUGUUCCUGCUCUCAUUACUCUCUCCAGUGACCCUGAAAUCUCUGUCAGAAUUGCCACAAUUCCGGCUUUUGGCACUAUUAUGGAAACCGUUAUUCAGAGAGAGUUGCUGGAAAGGGUGAAAAUGCAGUUGGCUUCUUUUCUGGAAGAUCCUCAGUACCAAGACCAGUAUUCUUUGCAUACAGAGAUCAUAAAAACAUUUGGUAGAGUUGGGCCUAAUGCAGAACCGAGGUUCCGAGAUGAGUUUGUUAUACCACACUUGCAUAAGUUAGCCUUGGUGAACAAUUUACAAAUUGUGGAUUCUAAAAGACUGGAUAUUGCUACCCAUCUUUUUGAAGCCUACAGCGCACUUUCAUGUUGUUUCAUUUCAGAGGAUUUAAUGGUUAAUCACUUUUUACCUGGCCUCAGAUGUUUACGGACUGACAUGGAACAUCUUUCUCCAGAGCAUGAGGUCAUUUUAAGUUCCAUGAUAAAAGAGUGUGAACAAAAAGUAGAGAACAAGACCGUCCAAGAGCCUCAAGGACUCAGCCCCAUGAGAGAGAAUGUUGUCUAUCCUUUUCAACCAAUAUGUCUCCGGUAUUUGAAGAAUGCCUGGUGUAUGAUAAGUACUCAACAUUAACUGAAUGGAUUAAUGAAUUGUGAGCUUGAUACCAAUUCCAUGCAAGUUUGCCAAUUAGAUUAAAAGGAUGAGACCCCCAGAACAGGAUGAAUUUACUGAGCCUACAUGCCAAACUAACCUACAGUCCUUUUCAUAGAGCUAUUAUAUGUUGUGGAUCAGGAGGAUUGAGUAGUCUUGUGCAUAUUUUGACCUCAGCAAAAUAUUUGACUUUGUUCCUCAUAAUGUCCUUAUUUAUAUCCAAGGUAGAAUAUAUGGAAUAAAUAAAAGUGCAAAAAAGAAUUGUGCCAUGUGUGUAUGGUCUAAAAAGUUCUGCAGAGUUUAUAUUCGUAUCUGGCUCUCUGCGCAGCACCUCUUCCCAACAAACCUCACCAAGUCUUCCAAGUGAUCUGUCAGUGUAGAGAAGCCAUCCCUUUUUAAAGAUUGUAAAGUCAUUCACCAUUCAGCAUACAUCUGUGGAGGACCUGUUUUGUGCUAAGCAUGAACGAGACUGACAAGACAGCUUAACAGCCGGACAAGGAAACAAACAGGUUGAGAAAGUAGGGCUGAGGAAGACAUACGUUAGUUAGGGGGGAUUAUCUUUAUGGUUUGCUUUGAAGACAUCUGUGAGGUAACAUUUUACCUGAAAACCAGGAAGAAUAGGCUUUGAACAUGUUUUCACAUAAAGAAAAAAGAGCAGUAUGUGCACAGGCAAUGAGAUGAGAAACAGUGUUGUAUUCAAGGAAUUGGGGGAAAAAAUGACCAAUAUGGUUGAGACAACUAUCAAAAGAUGAAGUUGGAGAUGGAUAUAGCCAGAUCAUAGAGAGCUUUGUACACUAUGAUUAAAAGUUAGAAAGCGGAGCCUUUGAAUAGUUGAAAAGUAAUUGAAUAGUAGAAUGGCUUAAUCCAGUUUAUAUUGAAUAUACUUGUGCUUUGUAAGAUGCUUUUGAAAAGGAGAUGAGUAGAGGCUGAAGGCAGAAGCUAUUGAAAUGCAGUAGCCUAAGCAAGAGAGGAUGGCAGCCUGAGCGAAAAUGGAGGGAAAGCAUCAGAUCUCCAACAUAGUUGGAAGCAGAACUGGCCUGACAGUUUGAAUGUGACGAGGGAAGGAAAGGGGUAAACCCAACAUGUUGCUGAGAUUUCUGACCGCAGUAACAGAAUAAAAUAAUGGGUGAUGACAAUAGUGAGGAAGUAAAGAACAAGUUUGGGGGGUUAAUCUACAUUUUUGUUCUAGAUAGGUUAAAUUAAAGAUACCUGAGCACUACCUAUGGAAAUGAUAAGGAAGAAGUUAGUUAUCUAAUGAACUAUUGGGACUUCAUCAAAAUAAAAAGCUUUUGCACCGCAAAGGAAACA